AUGACCUCCAAGACCACCGAACAAGAUCCCCCGGUGGAAUUGCCGCCCGCUGGUCGUGGCUAUAAGGUCUACAAGCGGCGGUUCUGGGGACUGCUGCAGUUGGUACUGUUGAAUAUCGUGGUGAGCUGGGAUUGGUUGACCUUCUCUUCCAUCUCGACCACAGCCUCAGAGCAUUUUGGGGUCUCUGAGAGUGCCAUCAAUUGGCUGAGUACAGGCUAUCUCUUCGCUUUCUGCGUCGCCAGUCCGUGA